AGUUCCCAUCCGACUGUGCAUGGAGUUGCUUGCUUUGAGCUUUUCGGGGGAUUCGAUGUGGCUGAUAAGUCCCAAAGGAGCGCCACAGUGCGAUCUCGUAUUCAAAUCCUACCCAUAGGGACCUUCCCCGUGAGCACAGAGGUACUGCAAACCACCCCCAUCGAUUUAGGGAAGAAAAAAAACUACAUUUCAGUGCCAAUUUUGCACCCCUUUCACCCACACCAUGGUUUAGCCUCUCGCGGUGCGCAAUUGAACGCUUUCAGUGAGCUUUCGCGUGUGAAGAAUUGCAAACAUUCGAUGAUUGAGUGCAUUUACCCAAACGGCCAAUAUUAAAUGAGUGCGGUGCUUUUGUGAGGAUUUAAUUCACAUACAGUUGAAUGACUCCGGUGGCUUAGUGCUGGAUUGUGUAGUAAAUAUUUGUCCACCGUGCGAUGCGACCUUACAGUAAUUUUAUGCAAAUCAACCUUCUGCCCACCCUGACUCGCAUGGCUUUCCUCCACUUUCAUCAUUAAAUCCUUCGAGUAAAAAAAAGAAAAGCCCUUGUGUUGUGUCUGAGUUUAUGGGUAUGAAAAAAAGUGAAUAAAGGAAGUGCUGCAAAGCCCCCCGUCCUCAAAAGCACCCCCCAAAGUGGACUCAUUUCAGUGUGUCCUCACCAUUAAUGUGUGUGACAGCAAAAAAGAAAAGCUCAACUAUAUGUAAUGUGGAAUGUGAAACCGGCAAACUGCGAACCAUGCGCUCAAAUUGAGAUUGUGGAAAUAAAAGAGCAUUAAGGACAUUAUUUCUGGGAAAUUCAUCACAAUUGUGAAACGAGCGGUAACUUUCGCCCCACUGCGGAGCUGAUGAAAGAGCACCACACCGUGUGCUUCAGGGGGAGAAUCGUACAACAGCACCACACCCAAAAGAAGGGCCCAGGCCAGAAAGCUCCGCUGAAAAGUUUCACUCACCCACAUUCCCUAUAAGAAGAGUAUUUAUUCCAUAGAGAGAAAAAAAGAAAGUGUGUGGUUUGAGGAAGAGACGAAUGAACAGGAGAAAGUAGUUGUGAAGAAGAGGAUUUGAGUUGUGUGGCACAAGGGGUGGGAUGAGAUGAGGUGAUAAAAUCAAUACUGGGUGAUGAUGUGCUGUGAUUUGGUUGGAAAUUGUGAAGCACAGGAGGAUAUAAAAUAUGAAAAUAAGUGACCGGAAAAUGUAUUGUACGGUGAAAUCCAUUUGCACUCUGUUUGAAGUACCCAAAGCUUGGUGAACCUGCUGGCACUGCUGCCUCAACCUCAAACCACCUGGGAGUGUUGAACGAAUCCACAUGGCGAACGGGGUGGUGCCCACAAUGGCGCCAUGUGUUCUUGGCCUGCUCCUCCUGGCAUUCAACUCAGGUAUCCUGGCAACUGGAUCCCGGAGAUUCCUCACGGACUUCCUGCAGGAGUGGCCAACGCCCGGUACUGGGCCUUACUUUGACACAACAGUCCCGUCCAACAUAACCGGGCUGGUUGGCAAGACUGUUCAUCUAGUUUGUAAAGUCAAAAACCUAGGGAAUCGAACGGUAUCCUGGGUACGGCACAGAGAUAUUCACCUGUUAACUGUCGGACGGUACACGUACACGUCUGAUCAACGCUUCGAGGCGAUGCACUCGCCCCAUGCUGAAGAGUGGACGCUGAGGAUUAGGUAUGCCCAACGGAAGGAUUCCGGCAUCUAUGAGUGUCAGAUCUCCACAACUCCCCCCAUGGGUCAUCCGGUGUUUCUCAAUGUUGUAGAACCCAUUACGGAAAUUAUUGGUGGGCACGACCUGUUUAUCAACAAGGAUUCAACGAUAAAUCUAACAUGUGUUGUGCGCUACGCUCCGGAACCACCGCCGGCGAUGAUUUGGUCGCACAAUCGACAGGUGAUAAACUUCGACUCUCCCCGCGGCGGGAUAUCUUUGGUGACGGAAAAGGGUCCACUCACCACGAGCCGUCUUCUCGUCCAGAAAGCAUCCCAGCUCGAUUCAGGGCUCUACACGUGUGCCCCAUCGAAUGCCAAUCCGUCAUCAGUUCGCGUCCACAUUCUCAAUGGAGAACACCCAGCCGCAAUGCAUCAUGGCGUGUCGAUGAAGCUUCGCGGUCCAGAUGGUGCCAUCCUCCUACUUGUGGCGGUCUUCUUCACCAGCAUCCGGUGGAAAUGGGAUUGCUGGCGGCAUUCGCAUCUCCACAUAUAGCGGGAGGGCGGCUAAAAUGCAAAUACUUACCAUAGCGUUGAAGGAGAAAAUGUGAAUUAGCAUUAAUGAUAGACCCGUCUGACACAUUUCUAAAUUAUUCAACCAUAAUUCCCUGUGCGGAGUGGGUGAAUUUGCUACGCUGUGGAGUCCACACAGGAUGGGGUAGUAAUGUGAGGGGGUGCGCCUGGACUCCAUUAGGAAUUUUCGAAUUUAAGCAAAUAUUUGUCCAAUGUAUAUUAUAUAUACAGAGGCACCCAUGCGCCAGGAUAUAUAGAAGAAGAAGUAAAAAAAAAAACACCAUCGAUCGCGAUCCUGAUGGCGAUUCUCUCACCCACACGGAAUCUCGGGGGAAAUCAUUCAUUGAGAGGGGCGAGGGUGCGACAUUCUUUUUUUUCUGCUCAUUCACUUCUCGCUUUCCAUUCACCCACCCCCAUGAGGGAGCUCUGGGGAUGCCCUGUUGUGAAGGUGGGGCAGUGAAAAGAGAGGCGUGUAAUCCUAUUACGAAAGUAGAAGCCCAUGGUAUGCGGACUACACCGUAAAUGCAUGCACAAUGCUUUAGAGGAAAGUGUGGUAAAUUAGAGCUUGUAUGGGAGCUUGUGUUGCCUGGGAAAAGAAAUUUACAUAAUUUAUUUUUAGAUCAUUCCAUAGGCACUUCCCGUGUGGAUUUGCAAGUUGUAUUUAACACCAGAGAGUAACUAAAACCAAAUACAGAGAAGACUAACCACGCGGUGUGGCACAAAAUGGUCUUUUCUGUGAACUUUCUCCCCACCCACUGCCCCCGAAGGAAAAUAAAACGAAGCAGAAUAGUUGAGGAAAAAUCAAAUAAACAAGACACAUGUGGUGCAAAAUGUAAACUUUGAUAAACCACGAAGAUUUCUCACAACUUUCAAAGACAUCCCUGAGCAUUGCAAAAGUUAGCAAAGUCCAAAAGCUCCCACACACUGACUUGCAAUAAAGCAAUCUCCCUCUUGACCAAAUCUCACACCUUUCGUGCUUCUCCAACUUUGUCACGUUGAAUUUAUCACAAGGAUAUCUUAUUUUAUCCAACACAGGGUUCACUUUAAGCCAACACACACACGGCUAGUAUAAUUGUCCUCUGGAGACAUCUUUUCUUCACACAUCUUCGUGCCACGGAGCUGUGAAAAGUUUUCUUGAUGUUGAAUGGGGAGGAAAAGUUGCGCUUGAUUUAGUUUGAAUGCUUUUGAAAAUUUAUUUAAAAUACCAAUACCUUUCACAAAUGAGGUGUGAUCCACAAAAGCUGACGACACUCAGGAUAAAAAGCGAUCUUGCGGAAUUUUUCCAAAGAAAAAUGUUAAACUUUUUAUACCUUUAGAGGAAUUUGAAUUAAUUUUUUCCUUGAAAUUUCCCUUGAAUCUCAAAGUUCUCUAUAAGCAUGAAAAGUUUUAAUUUUUCUUUUGCAUAAAUUCAGCAAGAAUGUUUCUUUAUUCAGCGUUAAUUUGUGAGAUUUUUUUUUACAGAAUCUUUUAUGUUUUAGAAUUUUUACCAUAAAUCCAUAUAUUUUAUUUAUUUAAAAAAUUACAUGAAUUAAAAAAAAUCGGAUUCUCUGCCUUAUAAAUUGUCCUAUUCGUUGUAAUUUUCAACUCAAAAAAAUCGUAAGAAAAAUAAAUCAACGAAACAUUAAUUUAUUUAUUGAAACUGCCCCCUCCCUCUUCAAGGGAUGAUUUUUUUCACAUAAAAGAGUAAGAAAAUUUGGCAUUGUUGCAAAUGAAGCAACCCCUUACGGCAAUUUGCCUCAAAAAUAGAUUAUUUCCAAAGGAAUUGGGAAUGAAAUACUCCUACCCUCUCUCCAAAAAAAAUGCAUUCACACACAACAAGAAAAGACACCGCCUCAACCCCAGAAAAUUCCGUCGGGUGAGAGAAUUAAAUAAAAUUUUAUUUGUCAUUUUGGAGAAAGUCAAAAUGAUAAUUUUGGGAGAUACAUAAAAGCUAUGUGUGAGGGGGUGAAAUGUCGCCCAAAUAGCACAGCAAAGAGACAUUUUUCGUGAUAAUUCCAUAACUGAAAGUGGCGCGUUUUUAAAGGAAUGCUUCCACCUUGUCGCACAGGAACAAUUCCAGGAAGGGCUGGAAGGAAGGAAUGGAGGAGUUUGUGAAGCUCUUCUCCCCUUUUCUUUCUUGCCAGACGACACCAAAUAAGUUUGUACAUAGUGAUGAUGGUGUGGGGAUGAAACAGAAUAAGAAAACCACCCUCCCCCCUCCAAGACAAAAGCGUAGGGGGUUGGUGGAGCGAAAUUAAAUGAGAAAACGCGACAAUUGCGAGUGAAUCAUGUAUAAAAUAAAAGAAGAAACAAUUCAUUUAAAUAUAGAUUUUAUGUAAUUUCAGAGAAAAGAAAAUUCUGUAAAGAUUAAAUAUUCAGAAAUUGUUUCUAUAAUAAAAUGAGAGUAAAUUGACAUUUUCCAUUGAAACCAAAGAAGUAAAAGAAAAUUGAUAGAGCUGAUUGGAGAAGGGGCGAAAUGUUGAAUUUUGAAAUUAACAAUUUUUUGAGAUGAUGUUUGAGAACAUUUUGUUAUGUGUAGGGAGGCAAAGCCAGUUAUGUUGUAGGAAAUGAAUGUUAAGGGGGGUUUUGAUGGGGAUGGCAAACUGGCAGAGAGUGACUAUAUAUACAUAGUUGAUACCUGAUUUUGGUGGGAGUGCAAUCCGUGAUGGACAGCGCAGGAUUAAGGCACUCAAUCAAGUGUGUUGGAAAAAAAAGGAAGAAGAGAGAAAUCCUAUCUUAAGUUGAAUUUGUGGUGAGGCUGGAGGAACGAAACAGAUUAUUUUCGAUGAAAUAAAGACUCCUUCGAGAGAGUAUUGAAACAAA